AUGGUAAGAGUAAUGCCAUGCCUGCCUACAAUCGGUAAGAUCAAACUGAUUCUUGACGAUGUCUUCAAGCUAUCAAGAUGGCUCGGGACAUACCCGAUAGACGAAGAAUAUUCCAGUAUUUCCAAAUUGAACCUUGCUAAAGGGGUAAUUCUGUACUUCUUGGCAAGUGUCAUUGCGAUUGAGUCACUCUACGGGCGUUUGACGGUUGAAGAAGUUCCAUUAUCAACAAUAAUCACACAAUUGCUUAGAAUUCUACCAAUCAUCAUUUUACACUGGAUAAAUUUAGCUUGCCUGGUUUCGAACAGAAAACUUGCAAAGUUGUAUUACGAUGUUAAUUUGUGGAAUUAUGUGGGAGAUAUCUUACCACAAAGGCGAAAACAUAAUAGUCCGUAUCCCGAACCACGUUUCCUUCAUAUCCCUCUUCAGCAUCACCAGCCAACACUUGGCGUUACUGCAGCUCUGCCAUUCCAUACAGAAGAAGAUCAGGACCAUUGA